AUAAAAGCAUCAACAUAAAACGAAUACCGAAACAGGAGCAGCAUGUCUUAAUCCAAACCCAAAAAACAAUCCACUAAAAGUCACAAAAAGAUUUGAAUAAUGUAUUUAAUAAUAGAACCCACCUAACAAGGUUUGACGUAAGGACUCGCUACAUUUAUGAAGAAACACCAAAAAAGUAUUGAUAUUGAAGGACUAAUUACGACUAAGUAGACCACUAACUUAAUUAAACAUUUUGGAGAGGAAAAUAAAUUGCUAAUCUUGGCGAUGAAGGAUUUGGUCUUACCGCGCUUCCACUGUUCUAAGUCUCGUCGUCUCCGAGAGAGAGAGAGAGAGAAAGCUGAAACUGCCAUUCCCGCGAGUUCUUGUUUCAGGGGCUUUGAUUACUAAUUUUGAUUCAAACUUUCGGAGAGCUUCUAGAGACCAGUCUUCCAUCGACUAUUUUAAUUUCAUUACAUAUGAUGGUAAAUAUGGAGGUGUCUUGGUUAAGAUCUCUCCUGGAUAACAUCUCUUCGUUCCUAAGCUUAUCAUCGAUGGACAACUUAGAUUCAAACCCAGCUCGUGAGUACUACACCAGAGGGGAAGAGAUAGCAACGCUUCUUAAGCCUGUUCUUGAGAACCUUGUUGGCUCUGAUGCUGCUCCUACCGAAUUGCUUAACAACGGCUUUGAAGAGUUAUCUCAGUACGUUGAUGAACUCAGAGAGCAGUUUGAGACCUGGCAACCUCUUUCUAGCAGAAUCUUUUAUAUUCUUCGAAUUGAAUCAUUAGCAUCAAAGUUGCGUGAGUCCAGUUUGGAAGUGUUUCAGCUGCUGAAACACUGCGAACAACAUUUACCUGCCGAUUUAAUUUCACCAUCAUUUGAGGAUCUAGUAACUGAUCAGGUGGCUUCCUCUAUGUUCAUAUCGCAGGACUGCAUAGAACUGGUGAAGUUAGUGGGAAGAGAGGAGAUUUCGUUUACGAUCGAUCUAGCUCUCAUAGAUCAAAGGGAAGGUGUUGGACCUACUUCAGAGGUUCUGGUGAAUAUUGCCAAGAGUAUUGGUUUGAGAUCAAACCAGGAGAUUCUCAUUGAAGGUGUGGCACUUGCAAAUCUGAAGGAGAAUGCCGAGCUCACUGAUAACAACAACGAAGCAGAGUUUAUAGAUGGAUUGAUCUCUCUGAUAACCCAAAUGCAUGAUCACUUAACCAACAUAAAGCAGUCUCAGCUGCGUUGUCCGGUCCCUGUACCGGCUGACUUCCGCUGCCCUCUCUCGCUUGAGCUCAUGACUGAUCCAGUCAUUGUGGCCUCUGGUCAAACAUACGAACGUGUUUUUAUCGAGAAAUGGUUCGAGAUGGGACUCAUGGUUUGCCCAAAGACAAGGCAGGCUUUACCUCAUACCACGCUCACAGCUAACUUCAUCGUCAAGGCUUUCAUUGCCAACUGGUGUGAAUCAAACAAUGUCAAUCCUCCUGAUCCAUUGGAGUUGAUCCAGUCAAGUCGCCCAUUCCCUCUUCUUGUUGAAUCAGGUUCUACAGAUGACUCGCCUCUCUCUGGAACCAACCAACCAAUGCUGGAUAAGUCAGAGAGAGCUUCAUCAUCACAUGGCCACACAGAAUCUUUAGAUGCUAACGAAAGCGAGGAGCUGCGUCAGGUCCUGAGUAGGUCUACUUCUGCACCAGGCAUUGUCUCUGAAGUGCUUUCCAAAACCGAAAUAAGCACUCAUAAUGCUGCUGCUGCUGAUACAUCAUCAGUCUCACAGGCACGGGCUGAAACCGUGUGGCGGCUUCCAUCAGCGAGGCAUUUUCGUCACCCAGCGACCAUAAAAGAAACUGGAAGCAGUUCGAGCAUCGAAGCAGAGGUGAAGAAACUGAUCGAGGAUCUCAACAGCCACUCCAUCGAUACACAGAGAGAGGCAACAGGUCGGGUCAGGAUCCUAUCAAGAAACAGUACAGACAACCGCAUUGUGAUCGCGAGGUGCGGAGCAAUUAAUUCGCUAAUCAAUCUGCUUUACUCCGAGGAUGAGAGAACGCAAGCGGACGCUGUGACUUGCUUGCUAAACUUAUCCAUCAACGACAACAACAAAUCCGUGAUCGCGGACAGUGGAGCCAUCGAGCCGCUCAUUCACGUUCUCAAGACAGGAGGCCUAGAAGCCAGAGAGAACUCAGCAGCGACUCUGUUCAGCUUGUCGGUGAUCGAAGAGAACAAGACAAAGAUAGGAGAGGCAGGAGCCAUAGAGCCGCUCGUUGAGCUCUUGGGAAGCGGGAGCCUGAGGGGAAAGAAAGACGCAGCCACGGCUCUGUUCAACCUCUCGAUACACCACGAGAACAAGGCGAAAGUAAUCGAAGCAGGUGCGGUUAGGUACUUGGUUGAGUUGAUGGAUCCUGGAGCUGGAAUGGUGGAGAAAGCAGUGGUUGUGUUGGCCAAUCUUGCAACCACGAAAGAAGGAAAGAUAGCGAUCGGAGAAGAAGGAGGGAUACCGGUGUUGGUGGAAGUUAUGGAGUUGGGUUCAGCGAGAGGCAAAGAGAAUGCAACUGCAGCACUUUUGCAGCUUUGUAUGCAUAGCCCGAGAUUCUGCAACCGUGUCAUCAGAGAAGGAGCUAUUCCACCUCUCGUGGCUCUUACUAAAUUAGGAACACCUAGAGCCAAAGAGAAGGCACAGAAUCUUCUUAAGUACUUUAAAGCCCAAAAACAAGCCACCCAGAGGAGAGGCUGAUCUUGGUUUAAUGCGCAGGAUGUACUAACCUCUAUACACAUACAUAUACGAUAUACAUAUUUUAUGUAACAUUAUAUAGUGGAACAGUGAAUCUCAUUAAAAGCAAAUAUUUUUUAAUUCAUAUAUAGUUGAUAUGGUUAUUACGUAAAUUCCCC